AUAGCUUGUGUUAGCUUUAAGCUAGUGUUGAUAAAGUGAGUUGAAGGUAGGAGGAGAUUGUAACUGCUAUUUUUAGGGAGUUUGUCUCAAUUUAACAAUCAGAAACAAGGCAAGACAGUGGUUAUUGUCGCUGAGUACCUGGAUAGGCUUGUCAUCUCUCACAAUAACAGUCUGUAGUGUUAAACUUGUGGCGUGGGAGAAACAGCAACCAGAGUUUAACUGGAUGGCCGAGGGCUCGUCAGACCCACCUGACCUCAAUCCAAAUGGGGCAUCACAUCCAAAACCGUACCAGCACAAAUCCAGAAGAGGCAGGCCCAGAUACAGCAAUGACAGAAACCUGAAUAGUUAUGAUCCUUCUCAACAAUAUGGACACUUUGAUCCGGGCGCCAAACCCCCAUUUAGCAAUGAUAACUCAAACAAUGCAUUGCAUCAGCAGCCUCACUGCCGCAGAGAUGAUGGAGACAGAAGUCGCGGCAGAGGUAGAGGGAGGAGAGAUGAGAAUAGAAGUUUAAAUGGAAAUUCUGGGGGCUCCAGUUGGCAAAGACCAGGAGGGGAUAAUGGUCCGUAUAAUGGGAACAACCGUGGUGCUAGUGGGUUCCACCAAGGGCCUCAUCCCAUGGAUGGACCUGACAGAUCCAGUUGGCGAAGACAAGAUGCAGGCCGGAAUUUUGAACAAUCUACUGAAGACCAAGAUGCCUGGGCGAAAAAACCCCGGAAGUUUAUCCAGGAGCCGAAGAGAGGACAACAGCUUGAAAAGGGCGCCCGCUCUAAGGAGAACAACUCUGCAAUGCAAGGUCAAAGGUCAUACGACAGCAAAGUAGAAAACCUUUCUUCAGACAUCAGAGAAAGAAAUCAGAGGAGCAGGACAGGUCCAGACUCUCAAUAUGAUGAUCAUCACAGGAAACCCUCUGAGCCAAAGAGACGAGGACCAAUCAAACCACCCAAACCACCAUCUCAAGAAGAGACGGCCUCAGAGAGAAGGGCCAGUGUCCAAGAUGACUAUGGAUACGGCAGAUCGUUUCAGGAUCCUGCUGCCUGUAAAGCUGGCCGAGGCUCAGGACGACAAGCGCUCCUUCAGGCCAGAGGAGGGGGGAGGAGAACACAUCAUCUGAACCAAAGGCCGGGCCAGAGGAACUGGGACAAGGUGCCAGAGAGCAAGGAGACGCAGACUGGCUGUCUGAUUGAGCAGCUGUCCGAGGAGAAGUAUGAGUGCAUGGUCUGCUGUGACAUCAUCCGUUGCAUGUCGCCGGUGUGGAGCUGCCAGAGCUGCUUCCACGUCUUCCACCUGAACUGCAUCAAGAAGUGGGCUCGAUCCCCGGCCUCGCAGGCAGACGAAUCUAAUGAAGGCUGGCGUUGUCCGGCCUGCCAGAAUGUUGCACCGAAACAACCGACCUCCUACACCUGCUUCUGUGGUAAAGUGACUAACCCAGAGUGGCAGCGCAGUGAGAUUCCACACAGCUGUGGAGACAUGUGCGGGAAGAAAAGGAGCGGAGCGGACUGCAACCACCCCUGUAACAUCUUAUGUCAUCCUGGACCCUGUCCUCAAUGUCCUGCCUUUAUAACAAAAUCCUGUACCUGUGGGAAGACCAGCCAACCAAUGCGCUGUGGACAGGGUGCUGUGCUGCAGUGUGACAAGGUGUGCGGAGCCUUUCUUAACUGUGCUAAACACAUCUGUAGCCAGGUGUGCCACAGUGGGACGUGUCCACCCUGCCAGCUGCAGGUCCAGCAGGUUUGCUACUGUGGUGUUAACACUCGCCAAGUCCUGUGUGGCACAGAUAAAGACGGGUUUGAUGGUUCGGGACAUUUUACCUGUCAAAAACUAUGUGGAAAGAUGCUGAAGUGUGAAGCUCACCGCUGCCAGCAGGAGUGCCACCGCGGCCCGUGCCAGCCGUGCCCGCUCUCCCCGAGCCUGGUGAAGACAUGUCCCUGCGGACAGACCCAACUGACCAAACUCCUGGAACUGGGCUACUCGGAGCGACGCAGCUGCUCUGAUUCCAUCCCCUCCUGCGGAAAGACGUGCAACAAACCCUUGGCCUGUGGCUCCAGCGACACCAUCCAUCUGUGUGAGAAGUUGUGCCACGAGGGCAGCUGCGGGCCGUGCUCCCUGACGUCGACUAUCAGAUGCAAAUGUCGCUCCAAGACCAAGGAGGUCCCAUGUGAAACGAUCCAUAAAGAAGAGGAGCUCGUCUUCACCUGUGAGAAACGUUGCAACAAGAAACGCUCCUGCGGCCGACACAAAUGCGCCGAGCUGUGUUGUGUGAAUGUGGAGCACAAGUGCCUCCUGAUCUGCGGCUACAAGCUCAACUGUGGCCUCCACCGCUGCCAGGAGCCCUGUCACCGUGGAAACUGUGAGCCCUGCUGGCAGUCCAGUUUUGAUGAGCUGGCGUGUCACUGUGGGAUCACUGUCUUGUACCCGCCCAUCCCCUGUGGCACAAAGCCACCAGAGUGCAAAAACAUGUGUACAAGAAGACACGAGUGCGACCAUCCUGUGUUUCACAACUGCCACAGUGAAGAGAAGUGUCCUCCGUGCACAUACCUCACCAAGAAAUGGUGCAUGGGAAAGCACGAGCAACGCAGCAACAUCGCAUGUCACCUGCAGGACAUCUCAUGCGGCCUGACGUGCAACAAAACGCUCCCGUGUGAGAUGCACCGCUGCAGACGGAUCUGCCACCGGGGCGAGUGUCUGGCAGAAGGCAGCUGCCGCCAGCCCUGCGCUCUGCCGCGGACAGACUGCGGCCACCCGUGCUCCGCUCCCUGUCAUAAGGACAGCAGCUGCCCACGCUCCACCUGCAGCACCAAGGUCGCUCUGCAGUGUGAUUGCGGUCGACGGAAGGAGAUGGUGGCCUGCACAGAAGCAGCCAAUUCAUAUCAGAGGUACGCAGCCAUCGCCAUGGCCAGCAAGCUGUCUGACAUGCAGCUCGGAGACUCCAUGGACAUCGGGCCGUUCCUCACUAAGAGGGAGCUCAAACAGACCAGGCUUGAAUGUGAUCAAGAGUGUGCCACUCUGGAGAGGAACAGACGUUUGGCCGAUGCGUUGCAGAUAGACUCAUCCUCUGACCCUUUCAAUUCCCGCUCUACUUCUAUCUACAGCGACAGCCUCAAAGACGAUGCCAGAAAAGACCUGAAAUUCGUCACGGAGGUAGAAGAGGAGAUCAAGAAUCUUGUUGAGCUUGCUAAUAAGGGAAAGCAGCUAAAGAGGAGCCACUGUUUCCCGCCAAUGAACCGAGAACACCGGAAGAUCAUCCACGAACUGGCCGAGGUCUACACUGUGGAGAGCGUGAGCUACGACAGCGAGCCCAAACGCAACGUGGUCAUCACAGCCCACAAAGGGAAAUGCGCCUGUCCAAACUCAACCCUGACAUCACUGAUAGAGCGUGAGACCUCUGGGAGGGCCCCUCCUCCUAUCGCUCACAUCAAGCAGCACAGCAGCAAGGCUGUCAGUGGAGGUACCUGGUCGAAGAUGGUGAAAGAAGAACCUGUGAUAGAUUAUUUUGAUGUCCAGGACUAAAAUGAGACCCGUGAAAAGGAGAAAAAAAAUCUCAGGAUCUACUUAUCAACAUACAUCUGCCAAAAAUUCUGAAUAACCUUAUGACCUUUUUGUUCAUCAACAAUAAUCCCUGUUGGUUGAAAAUCAAAUAAAGCAUUGUUUGGGAACACCCACACUUAGUUAGAGUUAGAUAUUUAAGUUAAUGGAGCCUUGAAAGGAUCAUUUUGAAAGGCUGUUAGGUUGCUUUGUUUCCUUCAUAUGCAACCACUCCCUCAUUGAACCUAAUUCAAUAAAAAGUGAAUUCUUCCAUUUAAAACAAUUGCUCAUAUGUAAUAACUGCAUUGGCUCCAAUCUUCAACCACUCCUCGUAAUAAAGGUAAGAGCUUAACCAUAGAUGCUGUUUCAUGUUGAGCUCAAGAUUCUCGAACAGAAUGCCAGAGACAUUUUCAGUCGAGGAGCAUCUUUUGUUCUUUCUGCUGGUGUUGCGCCAAGGCUUCAGUAGUAAACCUCUGCUGAUUGAGUUUGUGUGUGGGAAGGAGUGGGCUGCACUGCGGAGAGAAAGCUUUGUUCGAUACACGACUCUGACCCAGAUGUUUGUGCUGCACUUUGGAAAAAUUCUUCCUUGGUAAAACCUCAAGGAAUUUAUAGGAGAGUUCAGUUUCAGAUAUGGUGCACCUGAGAAGGAGCUGCAUCUUGUUCAAGGACACAUAAACUGGGAAGGAUGUCUCGCUGAUAGAAUUUAGAUGCUGACUCAGCUUUGAGUCACAGAUAUGCUGACAUGACACACCUAACGACUGAGCUUCACUAAGUUUUCGAUUACCAUUUCCAGUAUUCGUUUCAAUAAACCGUUUAGGAACAGUCCAUUACAUGCUGGUUUCAAGAGACUUAAAGGCAUCAAGUUGGGUCCAUGCAUACAAUUGUUUGUCAUUUGUGCAUUUUUUGCAACAAAAUUGGGCAUAUGAACUGGAUCUAUUUCACCUAAGUGACAUGCUUGAAUUUCUGAUAAACCCUCAUGCUGUACAGCCUAA